ACCCUCUUCUCUUCGCCUCCAACCUCGGUUUCUAAGGAUCUCCAAUCCGUCAUCGUCAUUCUUACCGGGGAACCCUCUCCACACUGAUCGAUCUGCCCCCGCAAGUUUGCGUUCUCCUGCGGGUGACUCUGUACAAAUUCCACAGAUGGCUGUGAAGGAUGGCCAAGACCCUCGUAUAGCAAAAAUCUCCUCUGCAAUCCGUGUCAUCCCAAACUUCCCCAAGCCAGGGAUUAUGUUUCAAGAUAUAACAACCUUGCUUCUUGAUACAAAGGCAUUCAAAGACACGAUUGAUAUGUUUGUGGAGAGAUAUCGCGAUAAAAAUAUCUCUGUGGUGGCAGGUGUUGAAGCAAGAGGCUUUAUAUUUGGCCCUCCCAUUGCAUUAGCUAUUGGGGCAAAAUUCGUGCCCAUGAGAAAACCCAAUAAAUUACCAGGGGAGGUUAUCUCAGAAGAGUAUUCUUUAGAAUAUGGAACUGACAAAAUGGAGAUGCAUGUUGGGGCCGUAGAGGCAGGAGAACGAGCCUUAGUCAUUGAUGAUCUUAUUGCGACUGGAGGCACCUUAUGUGCCGCAAUCAAACUACUUGAACGCGUUGGGGUGGAAGUGGUCGAGUGUGCUUGUGUAAUUGAGUUGCCAGAGUUGAAGGGACGAGAAAGGCUGGGGGAGAAGCCACUGUUUGUGCUAGUUAGUGGCGCUUGAAUUCAGAGUUUAGAUGAUGUUUACUUUUAGCUGUUGAAAGACGUUUUGGGUUCUCAUUUGCUUGGAGCUUCGUUAGAGGCUUCAUAUUUUCCCUGAAGAUCUCUUGGUAUUGAAAAAUAAAAGGGGGGAAUUGGGUCUGGCUUGGCUGCUGAAGGAAUUGAAUUGUUAGGCUUAUUGAAAUGAGUUCAUUGAACAUUGGCACGCCUAAGGCACUCGUUGGACCUUUCAGCUUUUGCUAAUUGCGUCGUGGAUGUAUGGAUUAUUGAGUAUGGAAUAUAAAUUAGUUAUCAGUAUCUCAUU